AAUUGAUGAAACAAGUCCGCACCACUCCGUAACUUUGGUCAGCAGCAGACUGCGAGUUCCCGCCACUUUUGCCCUUUCCUUCUCUCAGUGAAGACUGAAGAGUGAGGGCAGUUGUCUCAGAAGUGAAGAUUGAAGAUUGAAGAUUGAAGAAGAUGCUGUGGGUGGACAAGUACAGACCCAAAACCCUAGACCAGGCAAUGGUCCACCAAGACAUCGCACAAAACCUCAAGAAACUUGUCUCAGAGCAGGACUGCCCCCAUUUGCUCUUUUAUGGUCCUUCUGGUUCCGGCAAGAAAACCCUAAUCAUUGCCCUUCUUCGUCAGAUUUUCGGACCCAGCGCCGAUAAGGUGAAGGUGGAAAACAGGGCAUGGAAAGUUGAUGCUGGAAGUAGAACGAUUGAUUUAGAGCUGACUACAUUAUCAAGCACCAACCAUAUUGAACUGAACCCCAGUGAUGCAGGGUUUCAGGACAGAUAUAUUGUUCAAGAGAUAAUUAAAGAAAUGGCUAAAAAUAGACCCAUUGACACAAAAGGGAAAAAAGGAUAUAAAGUCUUAGUGCUGAAUGAAGUUGACAAACUUUCAAGAGAAGCGCAACAUUCUCUUCGAAGAACUAUGGAGAAAUAUAGUGCCUAUUGCAGGCUAAUACUGUGCUGUAACAGCUCUUCAAAGGUUACUGAAGCAAUCCGGUCUCGGUGUCUUAAUGUGCGAAUAAAUGCACCGACAGAAGAACAGAUUAUGAAAGUAUUGGAGUUCGUUGGAAAGAAAGAAGGGCUGCAGCUUCCUUCUGGAUUUGCUGCUCGUAUAGCUGAAAAAUCAAAUAGGAGCUUAAGGAGAGCUAUAUUGUCAUUAGAAACUUGCCAUGUUCAACAGUAUCCCUUUACAAGUAACCAGGCAAUACCCCCAAUGGAUUGGGAGGAAUAUGUUUCUGAAAUUGCAUCUGAUGUAAUGAAGGAGCAGAGCCCAAAAAGGCUUUAUCAGGUGCGGCAAAAGUUGUAUGAGCUACUUCUUAAUUGUAUUCCUCCAGAGAUCAUCUUGAAGAGGCUUCUUUAUGAGUUAUUGAAGAAGUUGGAUGCAGAGUUGAAGCACGAGGUCUGCCAUUGGGCUGCAUAUUAUGAACAUAGGAUGCGUCUUGGGCAGAAAGCUAUAUUUCACCUUGAAGCUUUCGUGGCCAAGUUCAUGAGCAUUUAUAAGGGUUUCCUCAUUGCAGCAUUUGGUUGAGCACCAGACUGGCAUGAUUUCCUUGAAUCUAAAAUGUUACUUUGAACAUGAUGGCAGUGAACUGUGUACAUGUGUUACUAUACAUUAUGGGAAGAUUUUGUAAUAGUCUCUUUUUCUCUUUCGUUGUUUUUCCUUUUCUAUUUGAAAAUUGGCUGUACCUCCCGAAGUUAAGAUCUUUGCCUGGCUGUUUCUACAGAAAUGGCUAAAUACUACAGAAAAGUUAGCCAAGUUCAUGGACAUCAGAUGUCUCCAUUUGUAAUCAAAGUGAUGAACUCUUUAAUCA